AUGGAAAAUAAGGGACUCAUAUUUUUUCCAGCGUUGUUUGUUGGAAUCUCGUUACUUUUUUGCUUACUACUACACAAUACUAAGGUGGUACAGUGUGCUAAUUUCGAAUACUAUAUGGAAACUCUUGCCGGCACGGGAGGGAAUGGCUUUGCUGGAGAAAAUUUGACUUCAUCUCAGUCUGGCAUGUCCGGAGGCUUAUCUUUGUUGCUAGAUCCCACUCAAUCCUUCAUUUACUAUUCAGACUAUUAUAGACUAAGAAGGGUUGAUUUGAAUACCAACAUGGUGACUACGGUACUUGGUACAGGGGUUAGAGGUUAUAGCACUUCAACGGGGCUAGCAGCAAAUGCACAAGCAUUAUAUUCUCCAAAUGGACUUGCAUGGUGGAGAUCGAAUUCCAAGCUCCUUGUAGGAGAAAAUACUGCCAUUAGACAAAUUGAUAUGACUACUGGAUAUGUUAGCUUAUUGGCAGGAGGUACUUCUUCUGGAACAAUAGACCACACUAACCCAUUGUCUGCAAAAUUUUCUUCAAUAUCUUGCCUAUUUGUUCAUUCAAAUGAUGACAUUUAUGUAUGUGAUGGUUCUAGGAUCAGAAAAGUAGAUGGUUCAACAUUGGCAGUAACAACUGUAGCAGGAGGAGCAAGUAGUGGUACAGUUGUAGAGGGAAGUCCUGUUAGCAGUACCUUAUUUAAUUCAAUAUAUGAUUUGAAAAUUGACACGUUCAGAGUACGAAAAAUUACAAAUAAUGGUGGAACAUUGACAACAGUGAACACACUUGUUGGAACUGGAGGAACUGGAUCUCUUGCAUAUCCUUCUAAAAUGUUUUAUGAUAGUAUUAGUGGAGAUUUAUAUAUUACACAAAACUAUUACAUUUCAAAAUAUUCUUCUGGAGGUACUUUUACACAUGUACUGGGAACUGGCCAAUAUUACUCAACAGCUGAUGGCUCUAUUACAUCUGGUACAUCUGUUGCGCUUGCGGAUGUGCGUGGUAUUGCUAUCGAUAGUGCUGGCGUUAUUUAUUUCUCAGAAGCUUUUGGAUCCAGACUUAGAAAAUAUACCGGUUCUAUUCUAAGCUCGAUCAUUAAUACUGCUAGUAUUUUUGUAAACUAUAAUCCUGCAAAACAAUCACCAAUUAGCUCUUUUAGAGCGCAAGUGAUGGAUCGUGAUGGAAACUUUUAUUACAGCGAAUCAGAUUCCGCUUGCAUCAAAUUUUACAACAUGACAAGCCAGUUAAUCAAAACAUAUGCAGGACAAUGUUUCAUUUCAUCAUAUCAAGCACCUUCUUCUGCUGCUGGUUUGAAUGGUCCAGCCAUUAUGGCAAGAUUUAACCAACUAAGUGGACUUGCGAUAGAUGAUAGUGGAGACUUGAUUAUUGCUGAACAAGGAACCUACUCAAUUAAAAAAGUUUCAAAACAAACGGGUAUUAUAAUUUUGGUUGCUGGAUCAGGAAGUAGUACAGACUGUGCUGAUGGCACUGCUCCAACUGCUUGUGGGUUGAAUUUUCCUCGUGCUGUAGCUUUUUAUGAUGGAGAAUUAUAUUUCUCUGUCUAUCAGAAAAUAAGAAAAAUUUCAAAAGUAGAUGGAAAAGUUUAUACUGUUGUAGGAGGAGGAGGUUCAAAUACAGAUAACAUAUUAGGAACAGCAUCAAGUGUAACAUGUGGAACAACACUUCAAAUCACACCGAAUGGUCUUCUAUACUACGUGGACACCUCAUUGAGCAAAAUUAGAGUUUAUAAUAUCAAUUCUGGAAUUGUAAACACUAUUGGCAGAUCGUUGUCAUACGUUGCUGAUAUGGGUUGGGCAUUUUCUAUCAAUAAUGAAGUAUUUUUUGGAACUGGACAGCAAUACUUGAAGAAAAUAGAUAGUGUUGGAAAUCUGUAUUCUGUAGCUGGAAAUGGAAUGGGUACAUCUGAAAAUGCUAAUGCAAUUAAUACAGCAUUGACUUACAUUUACAGCAUUGCAUGGUCAUCUCAAAGAAAAGAAUAUAUUACUUUCGAAGCGUAUAGAAUUAGAAGAAUGUAUUUGGUGUGUUCUACCGGAUGGCAGGGUGAUUUUUGUGAUGUUCCAGUAUGCUCAUCUAUUUUAGCUUCUGAUCCCAGUGUUUGUUCAGGAAAUGGAAAUUGUAGCUCUCCCAACAAUUGUCAAUGCUUUCCCAAUUAUUUUGGAGCUAAUUGCUCCGUUACCACUUGCUUUGGAGUUUUAAGUACUGAUCCUACUACCUGCAACGGCAAUGGAAAUUGUUCAAGUCCGCAUAGUUGUGUGUGUGAGCAAGAUUAUUAUGGAAACUCUUGCAAUAUCACUACAUGCUUUGGAAGAUUUUCAAAUGAAUCAUCUGUAUGUGGGUCCAAAGGAAAUUGUAUUUCCAAAGAUCAAUGUACAUGUUAUGACGGAUAUAUUGGUAAUCAAUGUGAAAUUCCAAUAUGUAAUGGAACAUUGGCAAACGACACAAAAGUUUGUAAUGGACAUGGAUCAUGUAUUCUUCGAGAUACUUGUGCUUGUAACGAAACAUAUUUUGGAAAUGUAUGUGAGUUUACAUUGUGUUUCGGCGUGCAAUCCAACUCCUCUCUAGCAUGUAACUCACAUGGACAAUGUAGCAGCUUCAAUAAUUGUACAUGUGACCAUAAUUACUUUGGAGCAAAUUGCUCUCUCACAACUUGUUUCGGAAUUAGAUCUGAUAACAAUUCUGUUUGCAGUAACAAUGGUGAAUGCUUGCAGAAUGACCGUUGCUCGUGCUACCCUCACUUCUAUGGCGACAAGUGUGAUUUGAUGAAAUGUUUUGGAACGAUGUCAAAUGAUUCAUUAGUUUGCAGCGGUCAUGGAUCUUGUGAUGGGUUUGAUAAUUGCACUUGCUAUGAGAAUUAUUUUGGAUCGAAUUGCUCUAUCACAACCUGUUUUGGAAUUAGAUCUGACAAUAAUUCCGUUUGCAACUCACUUGGAAAAUGUACCAGCGUCAAUAAUUGCAGCUGUGAUUUGAAUUAUUUUGGAUCGAAUUGCUCUCUCACCACUUGCUUUGGAGUUAGAUCUGAUAACACAUCAGUUUGCAACUCACAUGGACAAUGUACCAGCUUCGAUAAUUGUACAUGUGAUUUGAAUUACUUUGGAUUGAAUUGUUCUCUCACAAGUUGUUUCGGAAUUUCAAGCAAUGAAAGUUCAGUUUGUUCAGGUUCUGGGCAAUGUAUUGAUUUCAACUCGUGUGACUGUCACGAAUUUUAUGAAGGUAUGAACUGUUCAUUGAGAUAUUGCAAUGGAUUAUCGAGAAACAAUUCAAAUAUUUGUGGAGGACAUGGAACAUGUCAAGAUGAUGGAGUUUGCAAUUGUCAAAAUGGUUGGGCAGGUGUAAAUUGCUCGAUACCCUAUUGCUUUGGAAUUAUUGGUAAUGACUCAUCUGCGUGCAAUUCACAUGGACAAUGUACCAGCUUCAAUAAUUGUACUUGUGACCACAAUUAUUUUGGAACAAAUUGUUCUCUCACCACUUGUUUUGGGCACGCCAGCAACGACAGCGAUGGUUGCUCAGGUAAUGGUGUCUGUAUUGACUUUAAUACCUGCAAUUGUAAAGAAUUGUUUGAAGGCUACAACUGCUCGUUUAAAUAUUGCAAUGGGAUGUCUAGAAACAAUUCAAAUGUUUGUGGAGGACAUGGAACAUGUCAAGACGAUGGAAUUUGCAAUUGUUAUAAUGGUUGGGUUGGUUCAAACUGCUCGAUACCGUAUUGUUUUGGAAUUAUUGGCAAUGACUCAUCUGCCUGCAAUUCUCACGGACAAUGUACCAGCUUCAAUAAUUGCAGCUGUGAUUUGAAUUACUUUGGAACAAAUUGCUCUCUCACCACUUGCUUUGGAGUUAGAUCUGAUAACACAUCAGUUUGCAACUCACAUGGACAAUGUACCAGCUUCGAUAAUUGUACAUGUGAUUUGAAUUACUUUGGAUUGAAUUGUUCUCUCACAAGUUGUUUCGGAAUUUCAAGCAAUGAAAGUUCAGUUUGUUCAGGUUCUGGACAAUGUAUUGAUUUCAACUCGUGUGACUGUCACGAAUUUUAUGAAGGUAUGAACUGUUCAUUGAGAUAUUGCAAUGGAUUAUCGAGAAACAAUUCAAAUAUUUGUGGAGGACAUGGAACAUGUCAAGAUGAUGGAGUUUGCAAUUGUCAAAAUGUUUGGGCAGGUGUAAAUUGCUCGAUACCCUAUUGCUUUGGAAUUAUUGGUAAUGACUCAUCUGCGUGUAAUUCACAUGGACAAUGUACCAGCUUCAAUAAUUGUACUUGUGACCACAAUUAUUUUGGAACAAAUUGUUCUCUCACAAGUUGUUUCGGAAUUUCAAGCAAUGAAAGUGCAGUUUGCUCAGGUUCUGGGCAAUGUAUUGAUUUCAACUCGUGUGACUGUCACGAAUUUUAUGAAGGUAUGAACUGUUCAUUGAGAUAUUGCAAUGGAUUGUCGAGAAACAAUUCAAAUGUUUGUGGAGGACAUGGAACAUGUCAAGAUGAUGGAGUUUGCAAUUGUCAUAAUGGUUGGGCAGGUGUAAAUUGUUCGAUACCCUAUUGCUUUGGAAUUAUUGGCAACGACACUGCUAAUACAUGCUCAGGAAACGGUAACUGCAUCUCAAACAAUGUAUGUGAAUGUUUUUCGGGAUGGCUGGCAAGUAACUGUAGUGAGUCAACAUGUUUUAACAUAUCAGGAAGUUCUGCAUGCAACUCUCAUGGAAAAUGUAUUUCAAAAGAUGUGUGCUAUUGUGAUGCAGAUUGGGUGGGUGCAAACUGUUCUGUACCAAUUUGUUUUGGUCAGUAUGGCAACAGCUCUAACACGUGCUCUGGAAACGGAGAAUGCAUCUUGCCAAACUAUUGUGCGUGUAAUAAUGGAUACUAUGGUCAGAGUUGUAACACAUAUGACUGCUUUUAUGUGAGAAUGAAUGAAACGACAACAUGCAAUGGUAAUGGCAACUGCACAGCUCCAAAUAUAUGUAAUUGUUCUCUCAAUUAUUUUGGGCAAGAAUGCGAAACCACAACUUGUUUUGGUAUCAAUAGUUCAGAUCCUUUUGUUUGCAACGGCCAUGGAAACUGUUCUAGGUUUGAUCACUGCUCUUGCUACACAAAUUACACAGGAAACAAUUGCUCUAUUAGAGUAGAGACUGGUUCUACAGCUAAUAACAGCAACUAUGUAGCUGAUGUUCAAUGCUUUGGAAUCAACUCAACAGAUGGGAAUGUGUGUAGUGGUCAUGGAUUUUGUUCCAGUACUAACAAUUGCACUUGUUAUGAGAAUUAUUUUGGAGAUAGCUGCAACAUUACUUCUUGCUUCAAUAGUUGGAAUAAUGAUUCUAAUGCUUGCAACUCACAUGGACAAUGUACCAGCUUCAAUAAUUGUACUUGUGACCACAAUUAUUUUGGAACAAAUUGUUCUCUCACAAGUUGUUUCGGAAUUUCAAGCAAUGAAAGUGCAGUUUGCUCAGGUUCUGGGCAAUGUAUUGAUUUCAACUCGUGUGACUGUCACGAAUUUUAUGAAGGUAUGAACUGUUCAUUGAGAUAUUGCAAUGGAUUGUCGAGAAACAAUUCAAAUGUUUGUGGAGGACAUGGAACAUGUCAAGAUGAUGGAGUUUGCAAUUGUCAUAAUGGUUGGGCAGGUGUAAAUUGUUCGAUACCCUAUUGCUUUGGAAUUAUUGGCAACGACACUGCUAAUACAUGCUCAGGAAACGGUAACUGCAUCUCAAACAAUGUAUGUGAAUGUUUUUCGGGAUGGCUGGCAAGUAACUGUAGUGAGUCAACAUGUUUUAACAUAUCAGGAAGUUCUGCAUGCAACUCUCAUGGAAAAUGUAUUUCAAAAGAUGUGUGCUAUUGUGAUGCAGAUUGGGUGGGUGCAAACUGUUCUGUACCAAUUUGUUUUGGUCAGUAUGGCAACAGCUCUAACACGUGCUCUGGAAACGGAGAAUGCAUCUUGCCAAACUAUUGUGCGUGUAAUAAUGGAUACUAUGGUCAGAGUUGUAACACAUAUGACUGCUUUUAUGUGAGAAUGAAUGAAACGACAACAUGCAAUGGUAAUGGCAACUGCACAGCUCCAAAUAUAUGUAAUUGUUCUCUCAAUUAUUUUGGGCAAGAAUGCGAAACCACAACUUGUUUUGGUAUCAAUAGUUCAGAUCCUUUUGUUUGCAACGGCCAUGGAAACUGUUCUAGGUUUGAUCACUGCUCUUGCUACACAAAUUACACAGGAAACAAUUGCUCUAUUAGAGUAGAGACUGGUUCUACAGCUAAUAACAGCAACUAUGUAGCUGAUGUUCAAUGCUUUGGAAUCAACUCAACAGAUGGGAAUGUGUGUAGUGGUCAUGGAUUUUGUUCCAGUACUAACAAUUGCACUUGUUAUGAGAAUUAUUUUGGAGAUAGCUGCAACAUUACUUCUUGCUUCAAUAGUUGGAAUAAUGAUUCUAAUGCUUGCAACUCACAUGGACAAUGUACCAGCUUCAAUAAUUGUACUUGUGACCACAAUUAUUUUGGAACAAAUUGUUCUCUCACAAGUUGUUUCGGAAUUUCAAGCAAUGAAAGUGCAGUUUGCUCAGGUUCUGGUCAAUGUAUUGAUUUCAACUCUUGUGACUGUAACGAGUUUUAUGAAGGUACUAAUUGUGAACUGACAACAUGUUUUGGCAUCAAUUCUACAACCGUAAGCUCAGCCUGCUCUUCACAUGGGCAAUGCAUUGCUCACAACAAAUGUAAAUGUAUGAACGGAUACAGUGGUGAUCAGUGCCAAUUUGCUACUUGUAAUUCCAUCCUGUCGAAUGAUUCCACUCGUGUUUGUAAUGGAAAUGGUGAAUGUGUCUCUCCUGAUACAUGCACAUGCUCUGGAAAUAAUUAUGGUGGGCAAUUUUGUGAUACACCAAUUUGUUUUGGCAAAUUAGGGUCAGACAAUGCAAGCGUUUGCAGCGGAAAGGGAUUUUGCAUGACUCCGAAUCACUGUACUUGUGUCACAUCCACUGGAUAUUCUUUAAAAGUCGAUGGAUUUGAAUGUGAAAACUUGUCAUGUAAAGGUUCUAAUAACCGUUACUUUGCUUCAACUGAUCAAAGAGUAUGUUCUAACGGAAAUGGAGACUGCGUUUUAAAUUCCACAACUCGUGAAGGAGGAUGCAAAUGUAACGACGGAUAUUCUGGAGAAUAUUGCCAAUUAACAAGUUGCUUUGGAAUUGACGCUCAAAAUUCGAGUGUUUGUGGUGGACAUGGCCAAUGCAUUGCUUAUAAUUAUUGUAACUGCUCGAGCAAUGAACAAGAUGGCUUCUGGUAUGGUUAUAAUUGUGAGAGUUGUCUUCCAACUCAUACUGGACCAAAAUGUAAUAUUCCAACAUGUAAUUCUACAUCCACAUGCAAUAACCAUGGAGAAUGUGAAAAUUUACAAUGCGCAUGCAGGGACAACUGGAACGGAAGAUUUUGUGAUGAAUGUAGAGAGAAUUAUUUUGGACAGUCAUGUGAUAUUUAUUGUUCCAAAGAAACUAACUGCUCUGGACAUGGAGCCUGUAUUGCGAAUGGACAAUGUUCAUGUUAUCAAUCGUCAUCACAAGGUUAUUGGGCUGGCAAUAGGUGCGACAUGUGCUUAAACGGUUAUUAUGGAGAGGAAUGUGCAACCAAGUUUGUUGGUCAACCACAAUUCAACGACUUGGGUAGUGCAUUAAUAUUCCAUGUGUUCGCUCCAGCAUCUUUCAGUAGUGUCAAUAUUGAGUGUUCUAAGUUGUUAGAAUUAACAUCUAAUGAAUUUGGUACAUCCCCUAUUUGUGGAUGGACACACAAGGAUAGCGGGCUAUUCAUGAUUCGAUUUGGUGAAAAUCCUUCGAUUUUACCCAACCAGUUCAUUAGAUUGAAUAGAAAUGUUUUCAACAUUCGCGUAAACGUGUCUGAUUAUGUAUCCGUACAAGUCAUUGGAGCCACAACUCCCAUACAACCGAUGGCAUUCGUUGAUAUUUCUUCAACACGUGUUGGAUUGUGUAACGAUAUUGAAUUGGAUGGAAGUGCUUCAUUUUCUGGAGAUGGAAGAGAAUUACGGUUUAAUUGGACUGCAAUGUCAUCACCAUCACAAUCUAUACUACAACAAAUGUUGAACCAGAUUAAUGGUAACGCAACAAUCAAACUCUCUUCCGCUCAAUUGCAAAGCGGUAUUCAUACCAUUUCAUUGCAAGUUCGAAGCACAUUCUCUGGUAGUUUGAGUAUUGCAAAAACUGUGACAUUUGAAAGAGAGCCAACACCCAUUCCAUCCAUUGAAAUUGUUGGCAAGAACGUUAUUGCUAACAUUACCUCUAAUGAUCUUCCGUUAUUGAUCAAGAAGUCUCUGAAAUUACCUGUAUGCGAUAAUGGAGACCUUGCCACAUCUGUAAAAUUGGUUUGGAAACAACUGAGUGGACCAAAAACCGACUACCAAUCAGACUCUUUCAAUAAUUUGUUAAUUUCCAAAUUUUACUUUUCUGGAGAACGUUCAUACCAAUAUGCUCUUCAACUUUUAAGAGUAACCGACAAUUCUCUUCUCUCAGAGCAAUUAGUUACCAUUUAUACAGUACCACAAGACCUCAUAUUGGAUAUUUCUUCAGAAAAAUUGACAUCAUCUACCAUUAAUAUUAUUGCUGAAAUGAAUGAUCCGGAUGAAACUACGGACACCUUAUUUUAUCAAUGGACGUGCAGAGAUGUAGUUUACAAUGGAUUAUGCUCGGACAGCAUUCAACAAUUACUAUCAGAUGCUUCUGUUUUCCAAAAUAACUCCAUUCAAAUAACAAACGAAUAUGCGGAGCAACUUGAGAUUUCUCUGAAAGUAACUAAAGGAACACGAAGCGCACAAUCCAGUGUUAUGAUUGCAUUUGAUAAUUCUCCAAUCAUUAACAUUAUUGAAAUCAAACCUUCCAAGCCCUCGAUUACUCAAGGCACAAUAUUGAGUAUUCAAUAUUCCAUUGCAAGUGCAAAUGAUGUUUUAACACAGUGGGCUCUUAAUGGAAAAUACAUUGAUGAAAUACUUAUCAAUAGAAUGCCUGAUAAGAGCCUCAAUCAUUCAGAUUACAUACUCAUUGAUUCUUCCAAGCUGGAAGAGGGUUCUAAUCAUUCAGUUUCUCUUACUGCCCUUGAUUUACGUACAACAUUGUCAGCAACUCGAACACAUCGCUUCCAAAUAGCUCGAAGUCCCAAUUCUUGCAUAUGUUCAUUAACCCCUACAGAAGGAGUGGCCUUAGAAACCGAUUUUUUAUUCAAAUGUAUUAAUUGUAACAAUCCAACAAAACUGGUAGAAUACUCGUUCGGCUUUGUAGACGAUAGAUCUGGGGCUAAUGUACCACUCUAUCAUGCAGGAGAAAGAUACUCCACAAAACUCCCAUUGCCUUUCCAAGGAAAUACAAUGAAGGUAUUUUUAGAUGUUUUUGACCCUCAAACCAUGAGUAGAAACACUAAAAAUAUCAAUGUUAAAAUUUAUAAUCCACAAGUGAUCUCCAUGGCUGAACUUCGGGCCAAGACCAUGCAAUGGAAAACGAUUGAAAAUAAUUUAAGAGAUGGAGAUUCUGGCAAGAGUAUUUACAAUGCAGGAACCAUUUCAAGAACAACUAUUGGAGUUUUAAAGCAACUGAAUGAAAAUGUACAACGGAGAAGAAUGACCACAAGUGACAAGUGUAAUGGACAAGGCAGUUACAACGAAGAAAAAGAAAUGUGUGAUUGCAAUACAGGCUACUUCAAACGUGAUUGUAGCGUAUCUAAAAGUACCUAUCAAUACUUGAUUGACUUAAAGUUCAAUGAGACACAAACAUUUAUUUCAAGCUAUACCAAUAGAAAUCGUUUGGAGAAAUUAAGUGACGUGUAUUUGACAUUGCAAGCAUAUGGUCUACAAUCUCUUACUUUCAAUUAUGAUGAAUUUAAUGACUCAUCCAUAACAAGUGUUGUCGAAGUUACUGAAGAUAUUGUUCAGCUUGCGUUAAAUACUACCAAUCUAGUAUUACCAUAUGGAGUGGACCAAUUGAUCAUUGAGGCAAUGAACUCAAUCUACAAUUACAUCCUCUACAAAAAUAAUGGUCCCUACAUUUAUAUUCAAGAGAAGUUAUUGAAUAUCAUUCAGUGUGUCGGAAAGUUAUUGCUGAGAGGUCAGCAAGUGGGUGAGAAGAAUGUACAUUUGAAAGCAAAAUUUUCCACGCUAACCACUAACAAAUUGUGGAGAAAAGACUUCCCAAGCCUUGUUGUACCAUAUUUCAUGGAUUCUUCUAACAAGGAACGAACUGUUUUAUAUCCAGAGAAUAUUAUUCAAUCGAUCAAUCAGAAAUCAACAAAAACACCUGUCGAGCAUGUUGUUUAUACUAUGAACGAUUUUUAUAAUUGGAAUAGCACAUUACCACGCUCCUCUCAAGCGGGCUCUUUGAACACCACGGUUGAUACUUAUUCCUACUUUGUUUCCAAAUAUUUUGUAUUUGUAUCCAUUGAAUCAUCACAAAUAGCCUCACCCUCUCUUAAUGAUAGUAAGAUUAGUGUUUCUAUUCCUGUAAUAGACAUAAACACUACAGGCCAAAUUAAGAAAGCUUCUAGCAGUACUACAUUAUUUAACAACAAUGGCACCUUAUUCAACAAGACGAUACAAAUCGAGGAGACCUUUUCCUGCAGAUAUCUCCAACAGGGAAUGUGGAUUUCUGACACAACUUGUAAUUUAGUGAUGCCUAUUACUGACCAAGUGAUGACAUGUCAAUGCCUCCAUUUUGGUUUGUUUGCCAUUACCAAAGACACCACAGUUACAACAAAUGUCAAGGUUUCAAUUGAUAAUCUGCCAGAAGCAGAAAAAUCUUCUCAUCCAAAGCCACAAAAUUCUUCGUCUACCGUUGGCACCACGUUUUUGUGGUUCCUUUUACCUGUUGGUCUGCUGCUAAUGUGUCUCGUCAUCAUGUGUUGCAUGUGUGUCCUAUUCAUUUUGAGGAAGAAGUACAAGAAAAAGAGAGAAAACAAGAAAAAACCAUCUAUUUAUACCGUGGAGCAAAGUCAAAUUGAUUUGAUUCAAAUGGAUGUCUUUUCAAUGUAA